UCCCUCUCUCCCUCCGUCCUUUCGUCCCCGUCCUCGGCGCCGGCAGAGCUGACGGGGGAGAAGCGCCUACCUGCCCGCCCUCCCUCCUUCCCUCCCGCUCCGCUCCCGGCUUUGCCCGCCCCUGGGACGUCGGCCCUGCCCCCGCUCCGCGUCGGCCGGCCCGCCCCGCAUGCUGAAGAAGAUGGGAGAGGCGGUAGCGAGAGUGGCGAGGAAGGUGAACGAGACGGCGGAGAGCGGGUCGGACACGCUGGACUUGGCGGACUGCAAUCUGGUGUCCUUCCCCAUCGGCCUCUACAAGGUCCUGCGUAACGUCAGCCAGGGCAUCCGCCUCGUCACGCUGGCGAACAACGAGCUCAAGUCCCUCACCAGCAAGUUCAUCACCACCUUCAGCCAGCUCAGAGAGCUCCGCUUGGAAGGGAACUACCUGCAUCAUCUGCCCGACGAGGUCAGGACCUUGCUGCACCUUCGGGCCAUCGACCUGUCCAGGAACCAGUUCCGUGACUUCCCCGAGCAGCUCACGGCCCUGCAGGCUCUAGAAACGAUCAACCUGGAGGAGAACGAGAUCGUCGACGUCCCCGUGGAGAAGCUGGCCACUAUGGAGUCCCUGAAGAGCGUCAACCUCAAGUUCAACCCCUUGAAUGCCGAGGUCCGCGUGAUUGCCCGCCCGCUGAUCAAGUUCGACCUCCUGAUGUCUCCAGAGGGUGCCCAAGUGGCCCCCCGGCCCUGAGAAGCCUCAGGGCCAGCCCGCUUGCCGGCACCCCAGCUUCGGGAGGGGUGGGCUGGCCUCGACUGGGACCCGGGCCCCUGAAGGAGCCUCGCCUGUCCCCCGGCCGGCCCCCGAAUGCCCCAGAGUUUUGUGUGCCUUGUGUGUGGGGGGAGGGUGCGAGGCAGGGUGGGAACCGAGAGGGGUGGGUAUCGUCUUUAUGGGAUAGAUGGCGCGGAGGGACCCCCCCCAGAACCGUCCCUGCGGACGGCAAAGGCAAGAGGCCGAUGCGGUGGGGCCCGGAGGCUGAGGCCCCGCGGUCACCGGCUGGGCCGGCCCAAGGCCCUCACCGCCCCUCCCUCCGGCCCGACCCGGCAGAGGAUGGGGGGGAAGACGAUUUCCUUGGGUCCUCCCGGAGCGGGGCGGCUCUGCGAAUGGUGUACGCAUCGGCUCCGAACCCGCAGCGUCGUCGACUCCACGUGGGCCCCCGGAGGGAAUUGGGCUCUCCGGCCUCGAACCCGGAGAGGUCGUCGUGGACGGGAGCGGGGAGCCGGGGAAUAAAGAAACCCAUCUCCCACU